AUGGCCAACAAGAAAAAUGAAAACAGUCAGAUUGGUCAACGGCAAAACAGAAAGACCGUAGCCCAGAUCUUCUCCGAAGAGUGGGAGAGGAACGUGAAGACUACCAUGCUGGCGGAUCUUGACCAACAUCGCGAGAACGAACUUCAUUUGACGGACGAAAACGAGGAGCGCGAUCCCCGUAAUCGGGUGAAUCGAGGAACUGAAAACCGCCAGAAUGGUCAAAACCACAAUAAUAAUGGUGGCUGCCAGGCCAAUCAGCCUUUACUCAACGUUGCCACAAGCCUUGGGGCCAUUUGGCAGGCGGCUAUUGAAUCUGGCGCCUUUGAUGAUGAUGAAGCGGAGCGUGUCAAAGGUCUUCAUGACCUCGGUGGCGCUAGGAUCUAUGACAAGAAGAACAUCACCGUUUCUCGUCAGCAGAAGGCGCGAGAUUUGACCAUGCGCAUCUUGAAGCAGAGUGCAAUCAACCAGGCUACUCAGACGGUUGCCCAAUCCAAUGCUCCGAAGAACAACAAGUGCAAGGCACAGAGUAACGAUGCCGAAAACGAGAACGCUGGGAAGAGCAACGCCGGGCAGAAGGGUGCCCCCUCUGUUGUCAGCUCUGACAUAUUUGUGAAGUCCAAGAAUUCCAAACAAGGUUCGACAUCUAUGACGCGCCCUCCUCCUCUUCAGCCUCCCUUGCCGGUUCGCAUGCAAGACUUCUUGACGAUAGAGUCCAGCACAGCCCCAGACAAAAUCAUUUACAAGAACAAGAUCCGCUUUCUCACGAACGAGAUCCAUCCGGCCAUGCCGGCUCUUCUCUACCUCUCGGAAGAUGAAGGUGGCAAAGUCAUGUUUACUGUGAUGGUUUGGGGUCGCAAGUACUGCCACUGGCCAAUUUCCCAGUGGAAAGACCACAUGGCAGGCGAGAGCAAUUACCUUCGUUCUGUGUUCGGCGAGCCUGAUGGAACCAUCCACAUCUACGACUUAGUCUUCGAUACUACUGCCCAGAUGGUGGAGUUUAGGAACACGGCUCAAGAGUUGAAGGAUUGUCAGUCAAAUGCGGUUGCUUCCACUAUGCCUUCUGCUGGUAAGACUGUUCAACCCACUGUUGCAGACUCUUCUGGAACCAAGACUGUUGUCGCAACUCGGGCUCGCAAGAAGGCCUCGAUCUCGUCAAGCAGUAGCACUGGAGUUGAUGCUGGGAUGCUCGCUACCAAUGGAGUUCAGCCGGCUUACAACGCCAUGAAGCAUGACCUCUUGCUUGAAGGCUUUGAGCCACCCAUUUGCCAGGACGAUGACCUUAUCAAUCUUGAUAGUCCUCGGGACCUGCUUACCAGGCCCAACUCACCGGAGCUGCCUUCCUGGAAAUUUUUAUGCCCAAAUGCUGUGAAUUCUUGCGCAGGCUCCUCCGAGUCUGAAGAGCUUUUUCUUGACAGCCCUGCAAAUAAGUCCGGUAGCGGUGCAUCAGUUCUGCCGUAUGAGCAGGCUGUCCGGGAGUUCAAGCAGACUUGUCGCAGCCUGUUAUCAGUAUUUCUGGCUAACAAUAUUAGCGGUGAGACCAUGAAGGAGAUCGGCCAAACUGCUGAAGGCAUCCAGCUUGGUGUGACGAAAUUCAUUAUUGAGAAUGCACGGAGCGGUGGUGCGUCAAAGGAAGCCCUCGAGAAGGUUAAGGAGCUGAUCAAGGUCGUGGUCGCUGAUGCUCAAUUCGUUAAGACUCGUUACGUUUACUCCAUCGAACAGCUGCUGUCGAUGCGUGAGGGUACCAUUGCACCAGCUACACCAUUGCCUGAGUUCUCUAGGCGGCGCCGGGAGACCACUCCACGGCAGGUUACUCUUGAGCCUCAGUUGACUCGGGCUACUGCUGACGUGCAAUGGCUUCUCGGGCAGGAUAAACAUGCCGCCAAAGAGACUACUGCUUCUGGCGGUAAAAGCUUUGACGAUUCUUCGAAGACAAUCUGCCCCCGUGGAGACAAAGGCCUACAAGCAUCGCGCUGGGCUACCGGGAACGAAGUCAUCUACAACAACGCUUUCACCGGCCCUCUUUACUCAAACAAGGUCCGGAAUAACAUGGCACAGGAACUUGCCCAACUUGAUCCUGAGACAAACGUCCACAAUUUUGCGGGUAUGCAGCAUAUUCUGGACUGCUAUUUCCCUAUGACCGCAAUCAACACUUACAGCAGUGUUCCAGCAUGGGCUCCUGCUCAGUACGCUCCUCCCUUCGAGAGUCCCCAUUGGCGGUCGGAUUCCAACAUGAGAGACAUGACCAUAAUCCAGAACCGCUUCUCUCAGUUCACGAUUCGGUCUCCUCCGCCGGAGACUGCGGGCCAGCAUUCUUCUGGUGGAAUGAUUCCCUCCAUCAUCAUUACCGAUGAAGCUGGUUCGGGGUUUAUAUCGACGCCGUCUUCUCUAUCUGCCACCUCUCAUGCUUUUUGUCGCUCGUUGCAUCCUUAUGCUCAGAUUUCGAGGGCUGUCCAGGUUUUUGCGCCAGACUCCAUGGUCUCAACUUCGCGCAUUCCCUCGACUUCAACACUUGCGCCUAACCCUGUCCUCAAUGACUUAAGUUCCGCUACUUCUGCUACUAGUCCAAUAGUUAUUGGCGACUCGAAGCAACGUUCGGCAUCUGCUUGGAUCAUUACCAAGGGUUCUCAGCUUCAGGCUCCAGUUCAUGUGCCUGUCAAGCAGGCCCCGGUUCAGCAGGGCUUGACUCAAGCGGCUCCGAUCCAGUCGAUAUUUGCUCAACCGGGCCCUAUUCAGGAGAUUCCCGUUCCGGUCUCUGCUCAAUCGGUUCCUGCUCAACAGGUUGGUACACCGGCUCAGUCGACUGAGGCUGUUUCCCAGCUCAACGUUAUCUCUCAGCAGGCCCCUGUCCAGCACGUCGUUGCUUCGCAGACUCUUGUCCUGCAAGUGGCUGCUCAGAAGCCUCCUGUCCUUCAGGACCAGCCGGCCUGGACUAACCAGACUCCUCCUGCUGAUCCUCCUGUCCGUGGUCUUGCUGCCUCUCGGCAUGCCCCUUGCAGCGAUUCGGGCUCCAGCUUCACGUAG